AUGGUCACAGGAGAGAAAUUUUUAGAGACGACGUUUGAUGCUUUAUUUCUCUAUGAUUGUUUGUAGCAGAAGGACUUCAGUAUGGUCCACACGCGAAAAAGCUUUGAGGCCUUGAAAACUUCACCUAAAAGUGAAGAGAAAGUCCCUGGAAAGGUUAAAAAAGCCGUCAAGAUCCAAGUGGAUGAGUCGAGUGAAGAAAGCGGACUAGAAUCGGCGCCUUUUUCGUCAAAGAGACGUCUCCGGUAUAACAAAGGAAGCCAUGAAACAUCUUCAAAGUCCAAGCAAAAUGAACUUUGCGGUGUUCAUAAUUUACGGUCUUCCAAGGCAAUCUUGGCAAGCAAYACGCAGCCGCCGGUACUACGUGAUAAGCAUGUCUCAAAAUCGUGUACAAAAUCUGUUGAAAAGGGUAGGGAGCGGAGAAGACGGAUUUCUGAAGAAGAAGAAGAUCUUAUUGAGCCAUCUAUACGAAGAAGUGCUCGCCAGAGACGAGGAGUUUACGAUACUUUGAACAUAAACAUGCUWACAGAUCACCGCUAUGUCCAUAGUUUUGAUACUUUUCCCAUUCACGAGGUAAAGAAACUGAAGAAAAAGCAAAAACAGCGCUCUCUAGAAGAGGACGAAUUCUUUGAGGGCAACGAUCAUGUUAACAUGUAUGACCAUGUCAAACGACGACACGAAACCCCAACCCCUGAAAAAAUACCAAGGGAUCAUGGUAUAGAAGAAGGUGAUGGUGACGAUGAAGGAGAUGAAGACAACGAUGGUAAUGAAAGUGACGUCAGCCAGGAUGAAGAAGAGGAAGAUGACCAGCAAUGUCAAGAAAAUAAAUACUUGCURCGAAAAAGAAGACCAGUUGUUAACAGAUAUAUGGCACCUCCUAUACACAAGAAAGGAGAUAAAAAAGACUACUUAGCUGUUAGAAAGAAGAUCCACCGUAAUCCACCGCCUCACACAUCACCCCUUAGAAGAUAUCAGCACAAACGCAAAGCAAUUAACAUGAGCUCCUCUACAUCAUCAGAUGAUUCUUGUAUGGAAGAUGAAGAGAAAAGGUUUGAGAGGAGGAAAAGUAAGAGUACUGCUAAGGCCAGAAUGAGGGCCCUCCCAGUCAAUCUCACRAUUGAGGACAUAUCUAAAGGCAUUCUUAGAGACAGGGAUAAAAUUGGCUCUAGUUUAGCUGAUGUUGAUCCUAUGUCCAUUGACAAAAAGGUGCAAUUUGAUAGUGUUGGAGGACUGGAAAAACAAAUCAAAGGACUGAAAGAGAUGAUCUUAUUCCCACUWAUGUAUCCAGAAGUUUUUAAUAAAUUCAAAAUAAAUCCACCCAGGGGAGUUCUUUUCUAUGGACCACCAGGUACUGGUAAAACUCUAGUAGCUAGAGCAUUAGCAAAUGAGUGCAGUCUUGGGAAUCAAAAAGUUGCAUUCUUCAUGCGUAAAGGUGCUGACUGUCUUAGUAAGUGGGUUGGUGAAUCUGAGAGACAGUUACGACUACUGUUUGAUCAAGCAUAUAGCAUGAGGCCAUCUAUCAUMUUUUUUGAUGAAAUUGAUGGUCUUGCACCAGUUCGGUCCAGUCGUCAAGACCAGAUUCAUAGCUCUAUAGUGUCUACAUUGUUGGCUCUGAUGGAUGGUCUUGAUAGCAGAGGGGAGGUGGUAGUUAUUGGUGCAACUAACCGCAUUGACGCUAUUGACCCAGCAUUAAGAAGACCUGGUAGAUUUGACAGGGAGUUUCAGUUCCCGUUACCAAAUAAACAGGCAAGAAGACACAUAUUGUCCAUACACACAAGAGAAUGGGAACCAAAGCCUUCCCAACCRUUCAUUAAUGAGUUGGCAGACUACUGUGUGGGGUACUGUGGAGCUGAUAUUAAAGCCCUUUGUACAGAAGCUGCUUUAUCAGCUCUUAGAAGACGUUAUCCACAGGUGUACACUAGCAAUAAGAAGUUAUUGCUGGAUGUUAACUCCAUAGAAGUCACCUACAAAGACUUCUUYAAAGCUACCAAAGCUAUCGUUCCAGCCUUCCAAAGAUCUAUAGCAUCACCUGCAAGRGCUUUAUCAGAGAAUGUCAAACCUUUGCUUCAAAGUCUACUUGACMAGGCUUUAGAUCUCCUUACUAACAUUUUCCCAAAGGCGAAUACUAAAACAGUGCUUGAAAACUCAUCUACACUGACAUCUGCUGUAGGGUCAAGAACUGACCAUCAUGACAAUGAUGACAGUUCUGAUGAUGAUGAWUACGAUGACUUCCCUAGCAUAUAUGAUCUCUCAAGCGUUAGUUACCCUUCCUCUUCAAGUCGAAGCGAGCGAUACUUGCGACGUAUGAGGCGAUUUGACUCAACUAAUGACAGUCAGUGGACACCAGGACAAAGAAUGUUUGACUUCCAUGAUGAUUUUUCAAAAGAUCCUGUUGCAUAUCGACCCAGGUUUUUGUUAGCUGGAGAGGAAGGAGCUGGUCAAACCACACACCUUGCUCCYGCUGUUUUACACUGUGUUGAACACUUGACAGUUUAUUCAUUAGAYCUUCCUGCUCUUUAUGGUGUUACAGCAAGAACUCCAGAAGAAGCUUGUGCACAGCUUUUCAGAGAAGCAAGACGAUCCUCGCCAAGUGUCAUCUACAUGCCACAUAUCAGUUCUUUGUGGUAUGCAACAACAGAAAGUCUACAYGCCACUCUUCUUUCUCUGCUACAAGACCUUCCUCCUUUGUGUCCUGUCCUUCUYUUAGCUACAACAGAUACACAUUUCAGGCUUUUACCUUCAGAACUUCAAAAGCUGUUUUCAACUCAGACAAAUCAGGUGCUUUAUGUUGGUGUCCCAAAUGCAGAAGAAAGGAGGGCUUUCUUUGAAAAGCUGUUUUUAGAAGUGACUCUACAAACCACCAAACUCAAGAAAUCUGGAAAGAGAAAAUCUCUCCCAGUUCUUCCAAUCGCUCCUGCWCCGGCUCCUCGACAACUUUCUGAAGCAGAAAUCAAGAAAGUUCAAUUAGUGGAGGAGAACACAUUACGAGAACUGCGCAUCUUCCUUAGGGACAUCCACCAUAAGCUUAUUGUGGAUCGAAGAUUUAAAGAAUUUACAAAACCUGUAGAUUUAGAGGAGGUACCUGAUUAUCUUGAUGUWGUUGAUGAGCCUAUGGAUCUCUCCAUCAUGAUGCAAAAGAUUGACCGUCAUCAGUAUAAUACAUGUGCCGAGUACCUAGUAGAUGUUGACCUCAUUACUAGUAAUGCCUUGAAGUAUAAUCCUGAUAUUGACCCUUUAGAUAAGAUAAUUCGUCACAGGGCUUGCGAACUCAGGGAUACUGCACACUCYGUCAUAACCUCACAGCUUGAGCCUGAAUUUGAAAAGGUAAUGUCACUGAAUCAAUCAUUUUCAUCAUUUAUGGCAUGUGARGAAAUCAUCACAGCAAGACAACAGAGAGGUGAAAAACCAGUUUGUCUACCUGCUUAUGUCCAUACUUUACCAAAACAAAGCAAUAAAAAGAYCCAAGAUACCUCCACACCAGAACAAACAUCAUCCACAACASCUAAUGAUCAACAACAAGCAAUCACUGUACAAGAAAAUAGCUCACAACCUAGCACAGAACUCCAAGUGAAACGCAAACGAAGAAAGAAAUCCUACUGGUUUGGACUGAAGAGACGCAGYAGUCAYAGGAAAAAGACCUUGACCGAUGAAAUGGACACCAGUAAGAAUGAAUCUACCAAGGGGGCUGAAGAUGAAGAUGAAGAUGAAGACGGUGAGGAAAAGUGUGAUGAUCCUGAUAAAGAUAAAGAACAGCCUGAUGAGAAUUCACAACAUCAUGACAGCUGUCAUUCUGAUAACCCAAGUACCAGCGUACCAAGCCCKCCAUUAGCUAGUAGCAGCAGUGAUUGCCUUCAGAAUGGAGACAUUGAUGAUUCCAGUAACAGUAGUAAAGACAAGCAGGACUUGUUCARGACAACAGAAAUGGUGCCCAGUUUGGCUWUAAAUACUGAMARUAAUGCUAGCACAAGUCAAUCAUACAAUCAGGAGUCGAAUAGAGAAACAGAGAACAAGGAAGGCGAGCUCAGUGAAAAACAGAAUGGAAAAGCAGAUGAUCAMSAAGACAAGGAGCAAGAUGAACUAUUAGACAAACAAGGUGCAGUGUCCAAUGAAACACCCAGAUUUAACCAUUUAACAGCUACAAUUACCUUAACAAGUCUACCAGUUGAAUCUUUACUAACAGGAAAUAAAAACAGAGAAGAACAAGAAAAGGUUGAGUAUGAACCAAUGGAGACUCAUAGUGAAGAAACAGUGAACAAGUGGAGAGAGGAACUCCRAUCCCUGUUGGAUCAAAUGGUAGAAAUGACUCAAGGAUGUAGUGUAGAGACACUUGAACGUUAUCACAAUAGACUACAACUAUCAGUCCAUCACCAUAGAUAUAAUGCUGACAAAACAGAACUUAUCAAAGAUUUCAGCAAUCUGAUGAAGAGCAACUUUUCCUUAUUCACAUGAUGUACAAGAACUUAAGAACAAGGUGUCAUUAAAAAGAAACUUUUUAUAGCUUUAACUAUUUAAUUAGAACAACCACUUGCACUAUGAAUAUGAACAGCCCUCUGAUUUAAAACCGUUAUAGAUUGAGAUGUUUAGGAUGUUCYGUUGUUGUUGAAUGUCAGCUGACUAUGUACUAUUUACAUCAGAUAUUUGUGCAAAAGGYCUUGUGGUGAAAACAAAUACAGGAACUUGACAUUAGCAAGCUAGUAUCCACCCUUUUAAAAAUAUGAUUGAUGAACAACUCAUAAAAACCCAAAAGGAAGAUUUUUAUUUCUUAUUGCAGCUUGUACAAUUUGAAACAAACUUGUAUAUAACUAACCAACAACAGUCUGUUAUUCUAGAAAGAUACUUAUAAUGAUUGUAUCAUCAGUCAAGCAAUCAUUGAUUGAGUUUAAUCAAUCCGAAAGUGUUGAAAAUUUAUCGGAAAUGUGAUCCAAAGGGCCUACUUAUCUGUUUCUUCAUGGUUGAACUUUUAGCACAAAGGCCAAAGUAUAACCAGCUAUUAUAAUUGUAUUGUUUUGAAAGAGAAAUUUUGUGCAUGUAAKGGURUGUAAGCACUUAUUUGGUGAAGACAAGGCAAGAAUAAUAUGUCAAUGCAUUAGCUGGGUUAUUCUUUUGAGCUUUAUAUCGUGAUGCUGAAAUACUGAGGCAGGUGAUACAAAGGGUGAAUAGUGCUACCCAUCAGAUAAAUCCAUAUCCAGUGGAUAAAAUUCAUUUUACUCUUUGUACAAGUGGCCUAUGAUAAGUAAAGUAGGUGUGUUCACUGCUUCAUCAACCUUAGAACAUGUAGUAUGACAAUGAUGGACUACAGUGCAGAACUUCACCUGAUAUUCACUGAAUAGAAUAUUUUUCUUGUGGUGUACUUACUACUAGCUUUUUGGGGUAGAACCUGGUUAUCACAACUGGGGUUCCCAGUGAGUGCAAGAUGAGGGUUUGAGUUAUACUUCUUGGAGUACUUUGAAAUCAGCUUUUUCAAGUACCUCUGCAGAAGACUUCCAGAAGCUUCUAGGUACUGCAUGUGUGGUUGGCAAGGUUAUUGAAGCAGUGUUUAUUUCCAAUGUUUGUUYUGGGUCAAAUAUAAUUAUACUCGGUAAUCUGUUUCUUCAAUAUUUCAUAUUUAGCAUUUUUUGAAAUUCAAAGCGUUCUCAGGUCUGUGAAUUAGAUCACAAAAGCACUAUUUUUAAUAUAUUGUCAUUUCAUUAAUUGUUUUUAUGAUUGUAUUUAAUAACUAAAUUAUAUUGUCAAUACGUAAACCAAUUAUUUUCAAUGGUACAUUAUAGAGUACAAAAAUCUUAACUCRUAAAAACAGUAUGACAUAUUUUUUGUGCUAAAUAGUUCUAUGUAUAGUGCAAAAACUAAAAGCAUGAAAAACUAGUUAAAUAAUUAAAUAAUGAUAGGUUCCAUUGAUUUAUGUAAACUCCUUUGUUUUCUCACUAUUUGAUUUGUGCUGUUUCACAUUUAGUGUUUGCACAUAAUGAAGYGCUAACGAGCAUGCACAGUAUUUAUUGCUGUUGCAUACUACAGAGUGGUUUUCAUAGACUUAUUUUGAUAUUUUCCAACCACUAUAUUAUGCAUUAAUGCAUUAUAGGUAAUCUUUUGUACUAUAUUGUCUCCAUUUAUUACUAAUUAACUUCAGUUAGUAUAUGCGAUGUUUUACGAGUCUAUGAAAAACACUCCAAUAAAAAGCAGUAUAAUGCUAGAAAUUAAUUAAAACUUGACAUUUAGAAAAUAAAAAUAGAAAACAGCA